AUGCCUUCCAACCGACGCAAGAAUAAACAGCGGUGGAUGCAAGCGCCUCUGCUGGACUGGCGAGAAGAGGUACCAGAAACCAACAACCUCGCCAAUAGCAACGGCAGUGCAACCAGCCACAGCGUUGCAUCAAAUGAGCUCUCGGCGCCGCACAACACAUGCGGACGAGAGGGGCGAGCGGCCAGCCUUGUCUCCUCACCGAAGCAGAUGAAGCGCACCGCUUCGUCGCUUGCCGGAGGAGAUGCUGACGAGGACAUGGCCAACGGCGGCGGCGUCAACGCCAACGGGGUGACGAGCGCAUCGCCUGCGCCAUCGCAUUCCUCCAUGUCGUCGCCCAGCGAAUCAGAAACGUCUCCUGCGCCGGGUCUUCUGACGGUGACAAACGUGACCACUGCGACAACGGAGAUGGAAAGGGACAUUGCGGCUUGCGCGUCGUGCGAUAGGGCAAGACUGCCGCUUCUCAACGGCGACGAGGACGCGGAGCGCGACGACGCGGUCAUCGCCGAGGCCAUCGCCACAGCUGGGAUCCCUGCUACCGACGACGCGGGGGAACUUUUCUACGUCGAGCUCGACCCCGAAUCGCACGUGAUGACCGGCGUUCUGCCUGAGAUGCAGCGACUGCAUGUGCGGCUGACACAGCUGGUACGCGUUCUGCGGCGCCGCGUCGCGCGCCUGUGCGUGCUGCGCGAGCGUGCUCGGCUGAACGGGGAUGAUGUCAGCGAGGUGGUACCGGCGUCCCCACUUCUGCCAAAGCAUACGUCUGCAUUUACAACCGCCUCCUCCGUACCAUCCUGCGUGUAUCGCCAGAGGGACACCAUGGCCAGCAGCAGUGCUCUGCACAAUAGCAGUAGCAACACUCAAGGCUACGCCGCUGCCGGUUCCUUGCCCAGCGCCGAAGGCACCCUCGGCGACGUAGAUGCGAUCAGGACGAGCGUAGACAGCCAUCAGUCACCGCGACAGCCAAACCCGAUGCAGGACCCAGGUGGCGUCAUGUCCUCACCACGCAAUAGCAUCAUCAACAGCCGCCUCGCAAGCGCGCGGCACUACACGCAGCAGCAGAUGCUCGACAACGACUCAGAAUGGUGCGACGCAGGCACCCUUCGCUCCUCCCGCUCCACCACGGCCCAGAGCACUCCGUCCCUGCAGCCGUGCCUGCCGCCGCCGUCGCUGCAGUUCUUUGAGGAGGACGAGCUCGAUGACGACGGACGAACGAGCCUACUCACGUGCAGCUCGAUGGCGGCUCGGCGAUCGUACGCGGCGCGCUUUCGGCCCGAAUCGAUGCCGCCUUCGGUGCAGACGACGCCGAACAUGCUUCCUGCCAGCACCACCCCCUACGCCCGCAGCGACAACGGAGGUAUGCUCUCGCUGCCACCGUCAACCUCAACGGUUGGCCGCAUAUCGCUCCAGCAACAGCAGCAGCAGCAACAGCUCACGUCGCCCACAAAGCCUCUCUCGGUAACGCCGACUGCGUUCGGCUCGACCACGCCGCAGCUAGAAGGAUCCCCGCUGCUGCCGACCCCCACACCAGCUGCACCUGAAUCGGGGCUCUCCUCGUCAACCGUUACGCCGCCGAUCAUGGUGGAUGACACGCCACCGCAGGAGACAUGGACGCCCCUCCCCGCGGGCGCUCCGCGCCCACCCCCCCUCACGGAAGACGAGAAGAAGGAGCUGCGCCGACUGAGUUGGCGCGUCGCGAAGCUGUACAGCCGCCGCGGCCUCUUGCUGCAGCAGGCAGACCGCCUCCUCUGCCGCCACGCUCAACAGCACGAGCGGUGGGAAGGCAACGAAGAGCGCCGUGGGUGCUACCGCUGUCGGCGACUCUUCUCGUACCUCACCCGUCGCCACCACUGCCGCCGCUGCGGUCGCUUGUGUUGCGCCGAGUGUAGCCGAUAUGUUGGAAAGAAGCAGGACACGUCUUACGUGGCGGCGCCACAGGAUUCGGCGCGCGCCGCAGUCGGCGUGGAGCACCGGGUGAUCAUUAAGUCCGAGUACACCGCCCACAUCAUUGCCGACGACAGACAUGAACUGGUGGAGGAGCGCUUCGACGAGCAUACGUACCCGCGUCGCGGCUACGGCGGCACAGGUGACUCGCCCCACUUGCAACCGGAGCAAGAGGCGGAGGUGCAAGACACUGCUCCGGUGCUGGACGACGACGAUAGGCAGCUGCGCAACCCGUCCUUGGAACACACUGCGGACGCGGUCGACCAACUUCAUGGUCGCCCGAGGCAGCACAAGUGGGUCCGCGUCUGCGCGCCAUGCUACCAAAACUGCCUACGUGCGCGGCGCAACAACGUGCUGCAGCAGCUGAAAAGUGCCAACCUGUGCAUCCUCGAUGACGGCUUCUACUACUAUCACGUGAUGACCACCGAGGAGCUGUGUCGGCUUUCCACCGCCCUGAACAAGCCCGACUCUUUCAAGAAGCAGGUGGAGCUGAUGUCGCACGUCGUGGUAGAGCGCUCCGCCGACUACGUCGCAGCGGCGCCAGGGUACAGUGCGCAUACCCUCACCGCAGCGGCGCAGCACACACCCGACGUCCUGCGGACGCUUGGCAGCAUCGGUGUCUACGCCUUCCGCUCCGCACGGCAGACAGCCAACGACUACGUUGGUGGCUACUUCACCGCGAGUCGGACCAUACUGCCCGACAACCAUGUCGGCACAGUGGCGGCAGAGCACCCCCUCUCAGUCGGCCACGAGGCAGAUGUCGACAGCACAGACAAUGUUAACGAUGAUGCGCGCAGCGAGGCAUCUCUGGUGUCUGUAGAGGACGCGUGCAACGAUAUGCAGCCCUCGCUGAAGGGCGGCACGGAGGAUACGACAGACAAGAAGACGGACGCGGAUUCUCGGACAGAUGGCACCUGCGUUGACGACCCCAUCGAUGUACAGACCUAG